AUGAGUUUUGGGGCAACAUGUUCACCAUCGUUGGCACAACUGGUAAAAAGCAAUGCACGCGAAUACGAAACCGAGUUUCCGCGAACAGUGAAAUGUAUAUUACAAAGGCAUUAUGUAGAUGACAUGCUGGAUAGCGUCGACACAGUGGAGGAAGCGAUUAAUCUAGUCAAUGAGGUUAGAAAUAUUCAUAAAAAAGCAAAUUUCCAUAUUCGCAAUUGGGUUUCAAAUUCUAACGCGGUGCUGAAAGCUAUAGGUAACCAAGGCCAGGAAUUUCAAUUUUGCUCGGUCGGAAGGCGUAUAGACCAUACAUUUGAGGUAGAGAAGGUAUUGGGAAUCCAUUGGCAAACCGACACUGAUAUGCUCACAUUUGAUCUGAAGUUUACCAAAGCCACUGAGGAUGUUUUAAGUGGAUAUAGAUUACCUACGAAGAGAGAGUUGCUACGAUUGAUGAUGUCAAUAUUCGACCCUUCAGGGUUUGGCAAAGUGGAGUUAGCUGGGAUGACUAUUCCUAAUGAGCUAGUCGAUGAGUGGAACAAAUGGCUGUCGCUGCUUGGCGGUGAGAAAAAUGUGAAAAUACCGAGAUGUUACUUCACUACGGUUAAUAAGGAUUCAGACUUCAUUGAAUUGCAUGUCUUUGUGGACGCAAGUGAGGUUGCAUAUGCAGCGGUGGUGUACCUAAGAGCGAAGAGUCGCAAUAACAUAGAUGUUUCCUUGAUAUGUUCUAAAGCAAAAGUUGCACCAUUACGACCAAUAUCAAUUCCAAGACUGGAACUACUCGCGGCGGAAUUGGGAGCACACUUAGGAAACAACAUUAAAAGGUCAAUAGACUUGAAAGUGACCAGUAUAACGUAUUGGAGCGAUUCAAAGGCUUUUCUAUCGUGGAUAAAAUCUGACCCACGAGAUUACAAACAAUUUGUAAUGUUCCGCAUAGCAGAAAUCCAGGAGUUGUCCGAGGCGGAACAAUGGCGGUACAUUCCUACUAAAUUAAAUGUUGCGGACUUGGCUACAAAACAAACUAGUAAUCCAGACUUUACUUGGAAAAACCCUUGGUAUAAGGGACCGAAGUUCCUGUAUGAAGCAGAAACCUGUUGGCCAAAUAAUGUUGGCGUACAGAAAUAUAACGAAGAUUCUGAAAUCAGAAAGCAACGAUUGUUGGUGGCUCAUGUAGCAGAGGAGGAACCUCUCAUAGAUGUCUACCGAUUUUCAAAGUGGGAACGUUUAAAAUCUGUAAACCAAUGCUUGUCAGUCGAGGAACUGAAAUGGAGUGAAAAUUUCUUGUACCAGACAACCCAGUUACAGGAUUACAAGAAAGAAAUGACCGCAUUAAGUAGAGACGCUAAUAUUACUCUUUCUAAAAGUAGCCUUUUGCGAAAACUUUCACCAUACAUAGAUGCACAGAAUGUUUUAAGAAUGAAAGGUAGAUUAGAUAAAGCCGAUGCUUUAUCAGCGAUGCAUGCUGAUUCAACCAAAUUCCCAAUUAUACUAUCAAGGAAAAACUACAUAACUAAGUUGACUGGUAUCAUCGAAAAUGGAAACAUCUAA